CCGGACCUUCGUGGCACUCCAAAAGUGGAGCCCCCUUCCGUUAGAGCACGAUGGCAUUGACGAAUGAGGGACCACCACUAACGGACGGCCAGGAUCGGACUAAGGCUUUCUGGAGGAAGAUGGGACUAGACCCCGAGGAGCUGCUGCAUGGUGUGGAUCACCUUAUAUGGAUGAGCACCUACGAGGCUUUUGAUAAUUUCGAGAGGGCUUUGGUAUAUGAGCUGAGUCCAAAAACUGAAGAGGAUGAGGCAAGGAUACGUCAGGCUGUGCAGGAUGUUUGUGAUCCCGAGGAGUUAAAGUUGGAAAGGGCACUCGGAUUAAUGAGACAAUAUGCAAUGAGGAAUGUGUUUUAUGUGCCUGACGAGUUGCACUUGCCUGAUGGCGAUGAUGGAUUGGAGGGAAGGGAUUCGACAUCACCAUCGGCACAUGUGGCAAAUGCGGGCGAGACUCUGUCUAUUCAGGGGGCAAGAGCGGCCACUGUUAAUGAUUCCCUUGAUGAGGAGUAUGCCCAGGCAGAAAAGCUGCUUAAUGAAGAGCUCAUUGCACUACGACAAAGGCUUGCUAGAGCAUACAAGAGAAAUGCAGCACUUCAGCGCUCGCUGAGCGAAGGUGAAGCGUCUAUUCAGAGCUUCCGGCCUCUUGUGGAAGACUUGCAAUCCACGGUUCCGAAACUCAGGGAACAAGGUGCCAGGACCUUGUCUGCAAUGCGUACGAAGCUGAGGGAAUUGCAGGCAUAUCAGGAUACAGCCAGGACUCUGUUGAUAGGCAAGAAGAUAAAGCAGAGGGAGGGACCUUUGCUAGGAGGUGGAGUGGACGACCUGCUUGCCGGGCUCACUGCACACAAACAUGACGGGCCAUUUCGAUUACUACCGUCUUCAAUCAAAUGAAACACCAUGUCAUUACAGCAGUGCUUUUGACACAUUUAGUCUAGAUACGGCCAAAUGACCGGGCGUUCUAUCUGGGUGAAGAUGGUAGGGAAUCAAGGGCUCAGCUUCCC